CAGGGGCUCGGGGAGCAGCACAUCCUCCAGCGCCUGCUGGCACUGAGCAGAGGGAGGAGCGCUCCAGCUGGAAGAGGUGGGAAGCUCUCCUGACUGCCCGCAGCACGACACAGUCUGGCAGGAGGAGCGGGAAUCACCUGGUCUCUAGUUUGGACUCGACGGCCUGAAGCAGAUGAGGAGAGAGGUUGUCAAGCGCAGAAGCACCAAUGGAGACGUCUCCAGCUCAUCCCAGGAUCCUCAGCCCCCCAAGGUGGGACGUGGCUCUGUUCCCCAGCCCAGGAGUGCUGCUCAGCGUGCUUCAGGUAAGCUUUAUGAAGAGGAAGAGGAUGAUGCCCUGCCAGACUCAGACGCCCUGCCGGACUCAGAUGACGAGGUGGAACUGGAUAAGCCACGCCCCAUACAGAUUGUCCUUGCUCAUGAAGAUGACCAUAACUUUGAAUUAGAUGAAUCAGCAUUGGAAAAAAUCUUGCUUCAGGAGCAUAUUAAAGAUCUUAACAUAGUAGUUGUAUCUGUAGCAGGAGCUUUCCGUAAAGGAAAAUCUUUUCUGCUGGACUUCAUGCUUAGAUACAUGUAUAACAGGACUUCUCCUUGCUGGAUAGGUGGAAACAAUGAGCCAUUGACUGGGUUUACAUGGAGAGGUGGAUGUGAACGGGAGACCACUGGCAUUCAGAUUUGGAGCGAAGUGUUUGUAAUUGAUAAACCUAAUGGAACAAAGGUUGCUGUACUACUCAUGGAUACCCAAGGUGCCUUUGAUAGCCAAUCCACUAUCAAAGACUGUGCAACAGUUUUUGCCCUGAGCACCAUGACGAGCUCUGUCCAGGUAUACAACUUGUCUCAGAAUAUUCAGGAAGAUGACCUUCAACAUUUGCAGUUGUUUACAGAAUAUGGAAGACUAGCUAUGGAAGAAAUUUACCAAAAGCCGUUUCAGACAUUAAUGUUCUUAAUUAGAGAUUGGAGUUAUCCUUAUGAACAUGCAUAUGGCUUGGAAGGAGGAAGAAAGUUCCUAGAGAAAAGGUUGCAGGUAAAGCAAAACCAACAUGAGGAGCUACAGAACGUAAGGAAGCAUAUUCACUCCUGUUUCAGUAACCUUGGGUGUUUCCUGUUGCCCCACCCUGGUCUUAAAGUUGCAACAAAUCCAAAUUUUGAUGGGAGAUUGAAUGAUAUAGAUGAGGAUUUUAAGAAUGAACUGCGGAAUUUGAUACCGUUACUGCUUGCCCCUGAAAACUUGGUAGAAAAAGAGAUUAGUGGAUCCAAGGUGACCUGUAGAGAUCUUGUAGAAUACUUCAAGGCUUACAUUAAAAUCUAUCAAGGAGAGGAGCUACCUCAUCCGAAAUCUAUGCUGCAGGCGACAGCUGAGGCGAACAAUCUUGCUGCUGUGGCAGGAGCAAAAGACUUGUACAGCAAAGGCAUGGAGCAGGUGUGUGGGGGAGAUAAGCCUUACAUUGCCCCGUCGGACCUGGAGCAGAAGCACCAGGAUUUCCGAGAGAGCGCCAUCCGGCAGUUCCGCUCCGUGAAGAAGAUGGGAGGGGAGGAGUUCUGCCGGCGCUACCAGGAGCAACUGGAAGUGGAAAUCGACGAGAUCUAUGCAAACUUUGUGAAGCACAACGAUGGCAAAAACAUCUUUUAUGCUGCUCGUACCCCUGCCACUCUAUUUGCAGUCAUGUUUGCCAUGUACAUAAUCUCAGGACUGACUGGGUUCCUUGGCAUGAACUCCAUAGCUGCCCUGUGUAAUCUCGUGCUGGGGAUGGCUCUUAUAUCGUUUUGUACUUGGGCAUACGUUAAGUACUCUGGGGAAUUCAGAGAAGUUGGAACAGCCAUUGAUCAGAUCGCUGAAGCUAUAUGGGAACAGGUGUUGAAGCCCAUGAGUGAUAAUUUGAUGGAGGAUCACAUGAGGCAGUCUGUAAAAAACUCUAUCAAAGCAGGCCUGACCGAGCAGGUGGCUCACCAUGCCAGACUAAAGACAGACUGACAGUUCGUCUCCUCUUCAACUCUGCCCUCUCAUCCUAGACAUGCUUGCUGUACCAUGAGAACUCAAUAAUAAUAAAAGAUAAAUAAAAAUAAACCAAAGUUUACAAUCAACUGUAGAAGUAGUUUAGUGUGAUUGGCUUCACAGAUUGCUGCCAUCACCGGGGAAGAGUUAAGUUUGUCAGUGCUCAGCUUCAGACAAACCGGUGCCAUGGAGCCGGCUGGGUGGGAGGGAGGGGCUCCGUUUUGCACAGUCCUGGUGCCCCGUGUUCGGGGGAGGGAGGGGGAGCUUCCCCAGCGUUGUGAGUCCGUGCAGGCUCCGGCUCGCAGGGGGGAGCCCGUCCCCUGCAGGAGCUGACUUCAGGGAAGUGUCGUGAUCAGCCCUGCACCAGGUGUGCUCUCCCCGCUGUCCCCAGCUCGAUGUCCCCAGCUCGGCACCGCCCUCGCCGGCUGCAGCGAGCGUUUCUGUGCGCAGCCGGUGGAGCCGUCGGAGCAGCCCCUCCAUUACAAUGCGUCUCUUGCUUUCUUGCCUUUUACCAGUGUUACACAGAUGCAUGUGCUGGUUCCUCAUGCAGAACUGGGGUGUCAGGGAGGCAGUGGCUCAGCACAGAGGGUGUCUUGCCUUGAACUCGCAGACCUGGUCCCGAGGGAGGUGCAUAUCAGAACUGAGCUGUCUUUUUCUGCAGUUUAGCCUUCAUGUAUAUAAUAUUGCCAUUAAUUCUACUGGGGAAGAAAUUCCAUCCAAAAAUGUUGCCUACAGCUACCAAGCAAUGAGUUAGGAUUGUCUGUACAGUGUGUUUAGUUUUUAUUUUUUAAGAAAUCACAGAUAGGGCAUGUAUAUGAAAUAUAAAUAUAUAAAUACGAUUUUGUAUCAAAGUUUUGUAGUUUAUGGCAAAACCUGGUUCUGUGGUAGCUAAGUGCAGUUCCUGUAAAGGAAUGUUUGUGGCUCAUGUAAAUGUGUGAAUGCAUCAACAAUUUGAAGUUUUUUGAUAUAUUUGUGAUAUUUACCUGCCUUGAGCACUGCAAUCUCUCACCCCCUUGGGAAAAUCAAUGGGAAUGUUUGUUGUGAAAUUCUUGUCUUCUGUUGCAUUUUAAAGUUAUUUCCUGUAAUUUAUUUUCAGUACAUUAUUAAAAUCAGUUGUGUAUAUAUGAAAUGAAAUCCGUGCUUAUUUUUAAAAGAUGUUCAAGUAUUGUAUUCUACUACAUAAACUAUGUCAAAUACUUAUCCUGACAAUUAUAUGAACAGAUUUGUUCUAUUGUACUUCAUAGCUUUCUAUUGAAGUUGAUGUUCCUCUCAUGCUUGUCUCUGGAAGGUGACCUCUGUCCAGCUCAUACCCCCUCCCUGUAUAGGAAAACCUCCUGCUGUUCUUAAAGCACGCUUUUAACUUGUGGAGUUGCUUGUCAGAUUCUGCCCUCCGACAAUUGUAUCACUCUGAAAUCUUGUUACUGGCUUUACUUACAUUCUUGGCUAAAUCAGUAUCAACUGUGUGGAGUGUAAAGGCAGCUAAAGAAUUAACUGCUGUAGUUAAUUAACAGCUGUGUGCAAUAGCCGGGUUUUUUGCAUUCCUAAAUGGUAACAAUUUUCAUCAACAUCUGAGCUUUAACAUCUCCCCUCUCUCGAGUGAGGGAAAUCAUCUGUCUAGGACUAAAGCAAUUGCACUGUGACUUUUGCACCGCAGAGAACUGCUGGGGAGUGGUGGUUACCUGCCCUCUGCAGGUGAGGGCUCAGCUCCAGGGGAAUGAUGCUAAAGAGGAGGUAGGAAUGUCGCAUUUUAUGAUAUCUCAACCUGUACAGAUUAAAUACUGUUCUUCAAA